AUGCCAAACUAGAGAAGUAAUUUGUGGCUUGUAACUUAUUAAUUGAAGAGCAUGGCGAAUGCUGAGCACAGCUGGUGACAAGCUGACACCUACAAGCAUGGCUGACGUCCCGCCCUCCCUCCUAAGGUUGGGUCAUAUAAUAAUCAUUUCUCCUUAAUUGGAGAAGAAUCUUGGAUUCCAGAUGCUUUCUCGCUUUGUAAACUUUUCGCUCUUUUUUCCUUUCCGCUAUUUCUGUGGGAAAUUCUACUGAUUGGAGGCGCUUCAGACCGAAAAGAGAAAGGAUUGUUCAAAGCAUUUUUGAAUGUACAGGGUUUGGAUCAAGAAGAAAUUAGUGCAAUAAUAAAAAGAGGAAUAACAACUAUGAUCAGCAUAGGAAUGGAGUGUGCAGAUUUGAGCGGUCUCUCCUUGAAGCUUCGUGCAUGGUCUGUGAAUCCAAGGCUUGUAGUGAAUGAGAAGAGCAAGAGACUAAGUACUCACAAGUGUCACUCUUCCAAUUUCAAAAUACAACCACAUCAUGUUGCUGCUGAUGCCCACCGUCUCUCAUCAAAGGUAGGAGGUGAAAAACUCGUGACUUCAGGUGAUUCUAAAUAUGGAGAUCUUACAUGGCCUUCUCCAAAUGACAAGAUCCCAUUCUGGAUGAAAAGCUUCCCCUCAUUGGACAUUAGCUCAGAUUUUCCCAUUAACAUAGAAAGGGAUUCUGAUCUUAUGCACACAAUUCACAUUACAGCUGAAAUGGCGCCAAUAGCAAAAGUAGGUGGGCUUGGUGACGUUGUAACUGGGCUUGCCCGUGCUUGCCUAUCACGAGGCCAUAGAGUGGAUAUCAUGCUUCCUUUCUAUGAGUGCAUUCAGAAGCAUCAGAUUAAUGAAUUGGCUUUAAUAACAACAUAUACCUCAUAUCAUGAUGGAAACUGGGUUCCUACUAAUGCAUAUUGUGGAGUGGUUUCUGGCAUUCCUGUGAUAUUUAUAGAGCCAUCCAACCAGUUCUUUAAGGGUCAAUAUGUAUAUGGGGGAUCAUACAAUGAGCUGGAGGCAUAUUUGUUUUUCAACCGUGCUUGCCUUGAAUGGAUGCAGGUGACUGGGACACAGCCUGAUAUCAUUCAUGUCCACGAAUGGCAGACAAGUACCUUACCACUGCUUUACUGGGAUAUGUACCAUCAUCUCUCACUUAAGAAACCAAGACUAGUGUUGACAAUCCACAACAUGGAGCACUAUGGGGAGUGCAGCAAAGAACAACUCAGUAAGUGUGGUCUUGAUGGAUCUAUAUAUGCAACUGUUGAGAAGGCAGUUGAUGAUCGAACUAUUGGCCAUAACCCUGAGAGGUUGAGUUUGCUGAAAGGUGGAAUUGUGUACAGCAAUGCAGUGGUGACAGUCUCUCCUACUUAUCUUAAAGAGACACUCUGCUCUGGGUGGCUUGCCAGCACUUUGAUCAGAAAUCGUGAUAAGUACUUUGGCAUUCUAAAUGGGAUAGAUACUGCAAUGUGGAACCCUGCUACAGAUAAUUUCUUGCCUGCUAAGUUUCACUCUCAAAAUACAGAGGGCAAGAGAACUUGCAAACAAUAUGUCCAAAGAGGACUUGGUUUGGCUUCAGAAAGCAUUACAGGUGGUAAUGCUCCUUAUAGUACAAAAAAGAUACCUUUGCUUAUUUGCAUUACUCGAUUGGUCGCUCAAAAGGGUCUUCAUUUGAUCACUAAUGCAAUUAAGCAUGUUGAAGAACUUGGUGGACAGAUGGUUGUACUUGGAAAAGCUUCAGAUGGUCGGGUUGAAAGAGAGUUUGAAGAGCUUGCAGACCAGCAUAAUCAAGGUCCCAGCAUCCGGAUCCUUUUGAUGUAUAGUGAGGAGCUGUCCCACAUGCUCUAUGCUGCAGCAGACAUGGUAUUGGUUCCUUCCAUAUAUGAGCCUUGUGGACUUGCCCAGAUGAUUGGAAUGCAUUAUGGAGCGGUUCCAGUGGUUAGGAAGACUGGUGGUCUUGCUGACACAGUCUUUGACAUGGAUGAUCAGUCUAACCAGAAGAUAGCAAAUGGGUUUGUUUUUGAAGGAAUAGAUGAAGGAUCCUUGAACGGCGCUCUAGAUCGUGCAUUUUUUCAUUAUAGAGAGAAACCUGAUGAAUGGAGUGGCAUGGUACAGAAGGUUAUGGAAAUUGACAAUAGCUGGAAUAACGCGGCUGGAAAAUACAUUGAUGUCUACAAGUCAGUGAGAGUGAGAUGAGAAUUAUUGUUCAUGCAGUUAAAAAAUGUACACAUGUUCUCAACAGGAAUGCCGCAUGCACGGAAGAAGCAGUAGAGGCGUGUUAUCAAUGUCCUCAGGGCUAAGAAUUUUUUAAUUCUGGAACCGAACUUUCUGUAAUACAAACAUCCCCAGAAAUUAUUAAUAAUUAUGCCUAAAAUAAUACUAUUUACUCUUAAGUAAGAUGUAAACAAUAGACAGACAAACUAUGUUUACAAUUUUUCGCAAUGCAUGUAUCAUAGUAUUUUAAAUC